AUUUACGUUCGUUGACAUUUCCCGCUCUAACCUAACAUUCUAGAAACAUCAACAAUUUAAAGGUAUCGGUGAAAUCAGUGUUAAAUCGUCGAAAUGCAGCCUGUAAAGAGGCUAAUUGAACAACAAACCGGCUUAGGCCGGUGGAAACGUUAUGAUGAGAUAGUUAAACGCCUUCGGUGCCCCAAAGACGACGAAUACACUCAGUUAUUGCCCUCAGAAGACGUUAUUUGUGAUACUCCAAUUUUUGCUUGCAAAUUCGCCCAACAAAAAUCCAACGAAAACUUCCUGGCCCUCGCCAACGAAGACGGCAAAUUGGCCAUCCAUGAUACCAGCAAGAAGCAGGAACCUUACGGUGUUCGAGCUCACAACAAUGCUAUUUUCGACCUGUGCUGGAUGUUCGACAAUAUGAAAAUCGUAACAGCUUCAGGGGACCACACUGCGAAACUGUUUGAUGUAGCGGAGGCCGAUGUGAGGGAAAUUAGGGCUUUUUUUGGCCACACUCGCUCAGUUAAAACCAUAGCUUUUCGUAAAGACGACUCGAGUGUCUUCGCGACUGGGGGGCGUGAUGGAAAUAUUAUAAUUUGGGACACGCGGACCUGUGGUGGGAGUUUAAUUGGAAAAGUUGAUAGGACGAUUUUUAAUUCACACAAUACUAAAACGCCGAUCAAGGCACGCAAAAAAUGCACGUGUUUGAGCCCCUCGAGGGCGUCGAAUGCGAAAUCAGUCACGGGUUUGGUGUUCCAAGAUGAUAAUACGUUGAUUUCUUGCGGGGCCGGUGAUGGGGUUAUUAAAAUUUGGGAUUUGCGAAAAAAUUAUCUUUUUUAUAAACACGAACCGUUGCCGAAGAACAAAAUUCCAUAUGGGGGCACUACGACAAAGAAUGGCUUUAGCAGUCUUAUCAUCGAUAGGGAUUGUAUCAGAUUGUAUGCCAAUUGUUUAGACAAUACAAUUUAUAGUUAUAAUGUUGGUACUUGUAAUCCUGAGCCUGUUAUGAGGUAUACGGGGCACCAAAACAGCACUUUUUAUAUUAAAGCAUCUCUAAGUCGUGAUGGUAGUUAUUUGAUUAGUGGGAGUAGUGACGAGAAUGCUUAUAUUUGGAAUACUAGCUAUUCAAGACCUUUAGUUCGAUUAACCGGACAUGUGGCGGAAGUCACGUGUGUGGCAUGGUGUGAGAGAGAUGAUCUGACUUUAGUCACAUGUUCUGAUGACAUGUCACACCGGAUUUGGCGAGUCGGUCCGGAGGAAUUACCGGAAAAUUGGGAAAUAGACGGGAGUGGCAAAGCCGAAGUAUUGCCUCUAAUUCCGGUGCAAUCAGAACUUAAAAGACCAUCUGAUGAAGUGGUCUCGUUUCAUAAAAAAUUAAUAGUUGCUUGUAAAAAGUGUGAUAGCCCCUCUACGAGUAGCGUUUGUCAAAACUGUUGUUCCAACAAACGUAAAGUUGAUCAAGAAAUUUCCAACGAAACUAAAAGGUUUCAUGGCGAGUUAGGCCCGAGGCGACUUUUUCAAAAUUUGGAAAACAAUGAUGAUAAAUCGUUAACUAUGAAUUUGCCUAAUUAUGUAAUAGACGGUGUAGCUCCUCAUUUGAAUUUUUCACCUCCCAAAAAAAAGGAUCAAGACUGGUUGACAAAAUUGCGUACCGAGAGAAAGUUUAAACGAGAUUUUGAAACGGCGUCGACUUCUACGCCUCCAAAAGUGGCCAAGUUGGAGUCGACUCCGAAGAAGUAUUCCUCGCCUAGAAGCCCACUUUUGAGGUUUUUUAAAGUUAAGUGUGAAGGGCAUUCGUGUACGAAGCCUCAUUCGAAUUGUAAUGUUUUAUCUCCGAGUACGCAGUCGAGUCAGUAGAUUAAGUGCACAAUGUAUCUCAUAUUUUAAGACUUUUGUAUUCUAGUUUUAGGCGUGAAUUGUUUUUAUUCGAAUUUAUAUUAUUCUAUAUUCUUGUUCGAAUUAAUAAAAAAUAUUAUCUUAA